GGCCGGGCUGUCUCCAUGCUCGGCUUCAGCCAAUGGGAAGCGCCGGAGGUGCGACGCGAUUGGCUGUCAGCGCCCGGUGGGCGGGGCCGCCCGGAGGGGCGUGUCCAGGCCGCCGUUAAGCCCCGCCCAGCGCCGGUUCCGGUUCCGGUGCGGCCCAUGGCCGCCGCCGCCCGCUGAGGGCCCUCCCGGCCCCGCCGGUCACCAUGUCCUCGCGCUCGGCCCUGGCCGGGAACGAACGGAACGCGGAGGGGCUGGGCAGCAGCCGCUCGGACAAGGGCUCGGGCUGGUCCAGCCGCUCUCUCGGUGCCCGGUGCCGGAACUCCAUCGCGGUGUGUCCGGAGGAGCAGCCUCACAUCGGCAACUACCGACUGCUCCGGACCAUCGGCAAAGGCAACUUCGCCAAAGUGAAGCUGGCGCGGCACAUCCUGACCGGCAGGGAGGUGGCCAUUAAAAUCAUUGACAAGACCCAGCUGAACCCCACCAGCCUGCAGAAGCUCUUUAGGGAAGUUCGUAUCAUGAAGGGGCUGAACCACCCCAACAUUGUGAAGCUGUUUGAGGUCAUUGAGACAGAGAAGACGCUGUACCUGGUGAUGGAAUACGCCAGCGCCGGUGAAGUGUUCGACUACCUCGUGUCCCAUGGGAGGAUGAAGGAGAAGGAGGCGAGAGCCAAGUUCAGACAGAUCGUCUCGGCCGUGCACUACUGCCACCAGAAGAACAUCGUCCACAGGGACCUGAAGGCCGAGAACCUGCUGCUGGAUGCUGAGGCCAACAUCAAGAUCGCAGAUUUCGGCUUCAGCAACGAGUUCCGGUUGGGCUCCAAGCUGGACACGUUCUGUGGGUCCCCCCCAUACGCGGCCCCGGAGCUGUUCCAGGGCAAGAAGUACGACGGCCCCGAGGUGGACAUCUGGAGCCUGGGGGUCAUCCUCUACACCCUGGUCAGCGGCUCCCUGCCCUUCGACGGCCACAACCUCAAGGAGCUGCGGGAGCGGGUGCUACGGGGCAAGUACCGGGUCCCCUUCUACAUGUCCACUGACUGUGAGAACAUCCUGCGCCGGUUCCUGGUGCUGAACCCUGCCAAGCGCUGCACCCUCGAGCAAAUCAUGAAGGACAAAUGGAUCAACAUUGGCUACGAGGGGGAUGAGCUGAAGCCAUACAAGGAGCCGGAGGAGGACUUUGGGGACACCAAGCGCAUCGAGGUCAUGGUUGGCAUGGGCUACACACGGGAGGAGAUCAAGGACUCCCUCAGCACCCAGAAGUACAACGAGGUGACAGCCACCUACCUCCUGCUGGGCAGGAAGAGCGAGGUGGAGGCGGGGGACGCCCGCACCGGCAGCACCUUGUCCUUAGCCCGGGUGCGGGCACCCAAUGAUGUGGCCAACGGCAAGAGCAGCACCGGGCACGGCAAGAGCCAGCGCGGCACCGGCACCUACCACCGGCAGCGGCGGCACAGUGACUUCUGUGGCCCCUCAGCGGUGCCGCUGCCCCCCAAGCGCAGCCCCCCUGGUGCGGCAGAGCCGGAGGAGCGGGGGGGGGGGCGCAAGGGCAGCAGUGGGGCCAUGGGUGGGGGGGGGGCGGGGGUCACCCCCCACCCCUCCAGCCCCAUGGUCAGCAGCGCCCAUAACCCCAACAAGGCCGAGAUCCCCGAGCGGCACAAGGACGGAGCCGGCAACGCUCCCAACGUGCCCUCGAGUGUCAUGGGGCGGCGCAACACAUACGUGUGCACAGAGAGGGGGGAGCGCGGCCCCCUGCUGCCCAACGGCAAAGAGAACAGCUCCGCCCCCGGUCGGGGGCCGCCGCCGCCGUCGCCAUCGAGCCAGAGCCUAGCGGGGGGGGUCACCGGGGGCUCGGCGGGGGGGGGGGGAGGGGGGGGGGGCGCGCGCCUGGCGCGGGGCUCGGCCGCGCGCAGCACGUUCCACGGCGGUCACGUGCGCGAGCGGCGCGCGCCGCGGCCCCGCCCCUCCCCCCCCCCCGCCGAGCCCGCGCCCGCGCCCCCCCCCGCCCCCGGCCGCGCGCGCGCCCCCGGCAGCCUCUUCAGCAAGAUCACGUCCAAGCUGAGCCGGAGGGUCACUCUUGACCCCUCCAAGCGCCAGAGCUCCAACCGCUGCGUCUCAGGCCCCCCCGCGGCACCAGGAGCCAAGAUCAGGUCGCAGACGAACCUGAGAGAAUCGGGAGACCUGCGCUCACAAGUUGCCAUCUACCUUGGGAUCAAGCGGAAGCCCCCCCCCGGCUGCCCCGAGGCCCCCGCGCUGUGACGGGGCCACUGCUGCUGAGCACCCGGCGCCUGCCCCUGCCCGGCCUCCAGCUCUGAGGACCCCCCCAUGGGGCUGCACCCCAAUGUGGGACCCCCCACCCAUGGGUGCUCUGGGGCCAUAAUGGAGCUGGGACCCCCCCCAUGGAUGCUGCAUCCCAAUGGGGGAUGAGGUGGAACCCCCCCCCCCCAUAGGUGCUCUGGGGCCAUAAUGGAGCUGGGACCCCCCCCAUGGGUGCCCUGGUUCCAUCCCAGGGGAUGCUGCAGCUUUGGGGUCCCCCCCUGCUGCCCUAGGCCUGGGGGGCCCUUGGGGACACUGGGGGGGUCCCAGCUCCAGCCCCCUGGGACCAGAAGCUCCAGUCCUUUGGGGGCCCCCAGCACCCAACUUUGGGGGCCCCCCUCCCUGUACAUCUGUAAAUAGGGGCCCUGUGCCCCCCCCCGUGUCCCCUCCCCCAUAUUCCCUCCCCUGUGUCCCCCCCCCAUUUUUAAGUUAUUCCUGUCCUGGUCUGGAUCCCAAACCCCCAAAUAAACAUAGGAACUCCCUGG